GUUCCGGCUGUCCGUCAUCAUGGCUGUGCCUGCUGGGAGGUCUGUAGUUUUCGUGACUGGAAACGCCAAAAAACUAGAAGAGGUCAUUCAGAUCCUCGGAGACAAAUUUCCCUACAAACUAAUCUCCAAAAAGAUUGACUUGCCUGAAUACCAGGGAGAACCAGAUGAAAUUUCCAUACACAAGUGUAAAGAGGCUGCACGCCAGAUUGAUGGCCCAGUUAUAGUGGAGGACACCUGUCUAUGUUUCAAGGCGUUGGGAGGCUUGCCUGGUCCUUAUAUAAAAUGGUUCCUGGAUAAACUCAAGCCAGAAGGCUUGUACAAACUUCUUGCUGGCUUUGAAGAUAAAUCGGCAUGGGCUCUCUGCACGUUUGCAUUCACUAAUGGGAAAGACGAACCCGUAGAGCUCUUCAAAGGGAUAACACAGGGGCGCAUUGUGGAACCCAGGGGACCUCGAGACUUUGGAUGGGAUCCCUGUUUCCAGCCAGAGGGAUAUGAUAAAACCUAUGCUGAGCUGCCCAAAGAGGUGAAGAACACAAUCUCUCACCGCUACAAGGCGCUGGCUGCCAUGUCUGAACACUUCUCAACACAGAACAAGAAGAGGAAGCUGGAAGAUUGAGUUUUUUGGCCAACUUCAGGUUCUGAAGCAAAAUGUAUUAAACCUCAUGUCAUCAGAUAUAAAGCCGCAGAGCAUAGAUGGUUUUCAUGGUGGAGUUACAGAAGUGUGACAGAUAACAGAUGUGUGAUCACAACAUCUACAUUUAGAAUCUGAAGUAAAGAAGUACUGUAAUAUCUGUUGCUUAUUUUUAAUAAACUUUUCAUUAAUUUGUAAUAAUCCUCUGAUUCUGGCUGAAG